UCUCCAAUGUUAGGUUCGAUUGCUCUAACUCCUAAGCAUCAGCCAGCAUCAAACCAGAAUUCCCUGCGUUCUCUUCAUCAGCCAUGCCUCUUGCCUUCGUUCUCCUCAUGUAUCUCUUUCAAGCUCUGCAUGCUCCUGUAUACUCUGCAACAACGGAUUCCAUUUCAGCCGGUGAGGUGCUCGUCGGCGAUGCCAAGCUCGUCUCAAGCAACGGCAGGUACGCGCUCGGCUUCUUCAACCCGCCGGGCAGCAUGCCCUCUUCCAAGCGCUGGUACCUAGGCAUAUGGUUCAACAAGGUUUCGCAGUUAACUCCGAUAUGGGUAGGAAAUAGGGAGAGCCCAGUUGUAGGCCCUCACAGAAUGUCAAAGCUCGCAAUCUCCCAAGACGGCAACCUUGCCGUCUUCAACGAGGCCACCAAAUCGAUGGUUUGGUCGACCCGUGCUGGUAUCACGGCCAAGAACACUACGCCCGUGCUCCUGGACAAUGGGAACCUCGUCUUAAGGGACGCAUCCAACUCCUCCACUGUCUUAUGGCAGAGCUUUGAUUACCCUACUGACAUCUUGGCCGCUGGUGCGAAGCUUGGACUAGACAAGAUCACCGGUUUAAACCGCCAACUUGUUUCGAAGAGGAGCUUGAUAGACCCAUCUAGUGGGCGCUAUUGCCUAGAACUAGACCCUUCCGGUGCUGCCCAAUUUGUGUUCAAACUGUGCAACACAUCCAUUAUGUAUUGGUCUAGGUUGCUAUGGAAUGAGCAAGACUUCAACUUAGUGCCAGAAUUAUCAGGAAAACAUCUGUUUGAGGAGAAGUUUAUCAACGACGACAAAGAGGAGUACUUCCAAUACAAAGUGUUAGAUGAAAAUAUGAUUGCUGUUAGCCUUUUGGACAUAUCUGGCCAGUACAAGCUGCUCGUCUCGGUUGAGGACGCGCAAGAAUUGAAACUAAUCUUCGUCCAACCUCAAGAUGAGUGUGAUGUAUAUGCUACUUGUGGGCCAUUCACUAUAUGCUACAGCAACACACUGCCACCCUGUGACUGCAUGACGGGAUUCUCAGUAAGAUCGCCUAAGGAAUGGGAGCAAAGAGACCGAGCCGGUGGAUGCAUAAGGAAUACGCCAUUAGAUUGCAGUACCAUGAACAAAAGCAUAACUGCAACAACAGAUAAGUUCUACUCCUUGCCUGGAGUUUCAUUGCCUGCAGAAGCCAACGUUAUUGCAUCAAUUGGCAGUGCAGACCAAUGCGCACAAGCAUGCCUGAAUAAUUGCUUAUGCACUGCAUAUUCCUAUUCUAGUGGCAAUAGGUGCUCCCUAUGGUAUAAGGACUUGCUAAACACCAGAUGCUACACUGAUGGAACAACCAGUGAUGGGGAAAUCCUGUACCUUCGCAUCGCUGCCAAAGAUGCAGAAAGCUGGAGAAAUAUGAAGAGAAAGGGAAUGAUCAUUGGGGUUGUUACUGCUGCAAGUCUCGUAGGUUUGGCUGUAAUAGCAGCUUUUUUCUCAUGGUCUCUACUGAUGUGGAGAAAUAAGAUGAAACAAUCUUUUAGCAUACCCGAUGAUGCUCAAGGUGGAAAUGGAAUUGUUGCUUUUAGAUACAUGGAUCUUCAAAAAGCAACUAAAAAUUUCUCAGAGAGAAUAGGAGGUGGAGGUUUUGGGUCUGUGUUCAAAGGCUUCUUAACUGACUCGACAGCUAUUGCAGUAAAGAGACUUGAUGGUGUACGCCAAGGAGAGAAGCAAUUUAGGGCUGAAGUGAGUUCCAUUGGAAUCAUCCAGCAUAUCAAUUUGGUUAAGCUAAUUGGCUUCUGCAGUGAAAGUGAUAGGAGGUUGCUUGUAUAUGAACAUAUGCCAAAUCGCUCUCUUGAUGCACACCUUUUUUGUAGCCAUUCCAUGGUCCUAAAUUGGAGUACCCGUUACCAGAUAGCUCUUGGAGUAGCAAGAGGUUUGGCAUACUUGCACGAGAGCUGCAGGGAUUGCAUCAUACACUGUGAUAUUAAGCCAGAGAAUAUACUUCUUGAUGCAUCAUUCAUACCUAAAAUUGCAGACUUUGGGAUGGCAAAGUUUUUAGGAAGGGAUUUUAGCAAAGUUCUGACUACUUUGAGAGGAACCAUAGGGUAUCUUGCACCUGAAUGGAUCAGCGGAGUUGCCAUUACAACAAAGGUGGAUGUCUACAGCUACGGGAUGAUGUUGAUUGAAAUGAUAUCAGGAAAGAGGAACUCAUCAUGUAAUGGAAAUACUAGUGAUGAAGUUGAAUAUUUCCCAGUGGAGGUUGCAAGUAAAAUUGCCGUCGGAGAUGUUGGGAGUUUGUUGGAUUGUCAAAGAGUCUGCAAGGUGGCUUGCUGGUGUAUUCAGGACAAUGAAUCGAAUCGGCCAACAAUGGGUGUAGUAGUACAAAUUCUCGAGGGUUUAUUAGAAAUUGACAUGCCGCCAAUGCCAAGACGACUUCAAGCUACUGUAGGAAUUUCACCGUAGAUAUACCCAUUCAUGCUUUUUUCUCUCUCUUUUCUUCCUUGUGCUUGUUUUUGUUUAGAUAUGCCCAUAGCCUUUAUGAAGGCGAAGGGCUAACUGUAUCUGCUUUAAAAUAAGCUUGUACUCAAUGCAAAGCUUCUGAACCUUUAUGUGAUAUAUUAUGGAGAACAAGACUC